UGCCGAUGUUAUUUUAGUUGUUUCUGGUGCGGCACAGGCCAAGGUAUUGGAUCGGGAUGGUUUCGAAAAAUGUGAAACUGUAAAAGGUGAUCAAUAUAUCACUGAUAUGGCUAGAACCAAAGGUCACACGGCUGCUUUGAACAGUGGAUGUUGGCAUCCUUACACAAAAGAAGAAUACAUGACCUGCUCUCAAGACAGUACCUGUCGUAUAUGGAUUUUGUACAAACCCCGUGCUCACAAGAACCUCAUCAAAUGUCGGGCUCAAAAUGGUGUUAAAACUAUACCAACGACUUGCGCAUAUAGCAGAGACGGAAGUGUAGUGGCCUGUGGCUGUGCAGAUGGGUCCAUACAAAUGUGGGAUCACAGAAAGAAUUUUGUCAACACAUCGUUGCUUCUUCGAGGUGCCCAUAAGCCAUGUUCUGAAAUAUCCAGUUUGAGCUUCUCCUACCUCGGUAACUUGCUCGCUUCAAGAGGCUGUGACGACACUCUGAAACUUUGGGACUUACGCUCUUUUAAAAGCCCUAUAUUCACUGCCAAUGAUCUGUUCUCUCGAUAUGACACGACCGAUUGUAUGUUUAGCCCCGACGACAGUAUGGUCAUAACGGGUGAAUCCCUGCGAAAGGGACAAACAUCUGGGAGGGUAUUAUUUUUUAAUACCAAAACAUUUGAUCUGGUGAAUCAAAUUUGUGUCACAAAUUCGCAUGUUAUCAAAACUCUCUGGCACCCAAAACUAAAUCAAAUAUUUGUUAGCUGUGGUAACGGUGUAGUCAAAACUUAUUACGAUCCCAAGAAAAGUUUAAGAGGAGCCAAGUUGUGCGUGGUCAAGUCUCAUCAUAAGCAGAAGCACAUAGAGAUAAUGUCGACACAACAAAUUAUUACGCCACAUGCCCUGCCUUUAUUUAGGCAAGAUAGACCAAAAUCAGUCAGAAAACAAAUGGAAAAGGAUAGGCUGGAUCCAGUAAAGUCUCAUCGCCCUGACCUGCCCAUUACGUCUGGACAAGGCGGUAGAGUUGCCUCAUCAGGGGGUACGCUCAGUUCAUAUGUAAUCAGAAACCUUGGGCUAAGUAAACGUAUAGAGGACGAUCAAGAUCCACGAGAAGCCAUUCUCAAGUAUGCAAAGGAUGCUGCUGAAAAUCCAUAUUGGAUAUCUCCUGCCUACCAAAAAACCCAGCCUAACACUAUAUUUCAAUCUGAAAAUGAGGACGACGGACCAUCUUCCAGCAAAAAACAAAAAACUUGAUUGGAGUACAUUCCUGUUAUUUGAAUUAAUGUAAAGUUUGUCUAAUAUAAUGAUAACAUUAAGGAAGUUAUUGUGUUGUGAAAUUACUUGAUAAAUAGUCAUAGCUGAACAA